UAUCCUUCCGCUUCCCAACCCGGAAAUGCACCACCGAGUCACCGAUCUACUACUGAAAGCCCAGAGUAGCCUUCUCCAAUCCGAUUCAUAGUUUGGUGACCAUCGUCGUUUGUAGGUAUAAAUACUCCUUCCCCACGGCAACGACGGCCAACAAAUCCACAAACGCUCGCCUGAUCUCAUAAUCACCAGUUCGCCACCGCCAUGGCGAAUCAGCGGGAGCAGCAGCAGGCCUCGCAGCCUCGGCCGCCGAUGCCGCGGUACAUGUCGGAGCUCUACGGAGGCCUGCGCUUCGACCCCAACGGCCGCUGCCUCGUGCGGGCCUACCUCACCCCCAAGGCGAUCCGCGGCCGCCUCCCAGCCGACGAGGUCAAGGACGCCAUCCCCGACGACGUCGACGUGUACGGCGCCCGCCCGGAGGCGCUCCCCUUCCACCGCUGCAACCGGAGCGCUGGCGGCAAGGUCUGGGGCCACUUCUUCACGACGCGGCCCGCGGCGGGCGGCGACGUCCUGUACGUGCCGGGAGGGCUGUGGGCGCGGUACGGCGAGGAGAAGGCGUACGCCGACGCGGGCGGGGACGUGCUCGGGUACCGGCGCCGCUACGCGUUCCAUGGCGGGGACGGCCAGCUGACGGCGUGGCGGAUGAAGGAGUUCCGCCUCAACGCGGGCGCCGCGGCCUUCCGCGGCGUCACGUUCCACCCCGUCGCCAAGGACCUGGUGGCGUGGAAGGUGUACAACGACGUGGAGGAGCCGCUGAGCGACGAGGAGGGCGGCGACGAGGACGAGGAAGACGACGACGAAGCGGAGGAUAUGGAGGUGGACGAACCGGCUGCCGCCGCUGCGUGCACGGAGGACGACUCGAGACAGCGGCAGGACAAGAAGAAGAAACAGAGGCUGCAGUAGUAGCACGGGAGGCGCCAGUAGAUGCUGCGAAUUUGGGUUAGCAUGAUCUGAAGCCUGAAUUUGGGUUAGUAUGAUCUGAAGUCUGAACAUUAUCUGAAGCCUGGAAAUUUGGGUUAACAUGAUCUGAAGCCUGAAUUUGGGUUGA